GCCAUAGUGACACGCACAGUAGAAAUACCGAGAAAGCAGAGACCGACUCGAUCGCUCUCUCCGUCACGCACGGAAGCGCUCCCGUCCUGCGCCUGUUGGCUGCUGUUCGAAGGAACGCCCGUUCGCACGUGAAGUCCCCCCCUCAGCUGAUGUUCAUGUCGAUGUGAGGAGCCGUUGGAUAAAAUAAUUCACGUACCACACAGAGGGGGUGAAAUCAAGGCCUCAACAGUGAUCACUGGAUUACAUGGUCCAGAAAUAAAUGAAUCACAGCCAUGAAGAAACUAUGAAGAAAAUCAGCAUGGUGAACCUUGAUAAACUUUUAGAUAACUUCUCAGAGAUAGAAAAGAACAUAUCAGAAAUUAGUGAAACAAAUAAACUACUGGUUCUUCAGCUGGAAAAAUGUAACAGGUUGUUAACUUUAAGCCAGUCAAAGGAGGAAUCAGUAAAAGAAGAAUGUACUACUCUACAGAAUGUGAUAAAGGGUCUAACACAAACCAUUGAAAACCAGUGUAAUGUGAAAGAUGAAAAUGAUAGACUGAAGGGUACCAUUCACAUCUUGGAAGAGAAAUUAAAGGCUUGUGAACUGGAAUAUAAAGAUCAGAUUGAGAAACUUACGAUAGAAAUUAAAAACAAAGAGGAAGACCACAAAUUAGAAAUAACACAGUUGAAUUGCGAUAUAAGAAAAAAAUUUGAAGUAAAAGAAGUGGAGUAUAGAGAACAGAGAGAGAAAAAAGAACUGAAAAUAUUAGAGUUAACUAGACAGCUGAAAAUUCAAAAUGAAGAGAAGCAGAAUGAAAUAAUUAAACUGCAGGUAGAGUUCAAUGCUAAAUUAGCAAGAAUUCAAAAUAAAGCAACAAAAUCAUAUUCGGAUGCUUCUGUCUUGCCACAAAGUAUCUAUCAAAGGAAGCUCCAGCAUCUCCAGGAGGAGAAAAACAAGGAAAUUGAAAUUCUCCAAAACACCAUAAGAGACUUAGAGCAACGUCUUAAUAAAGGCCAGAACCUGCACUUCAAACGGAGGCGAUUUUGA